AUGUUUGCUUGUAGUGGCAAAAACAAAAAGGCUAAUGAAAAAGGGGGUAUCUCCUUGGAGGAUAAAUGUAAAAUUCACAAUAAUGCUUAUGACUGUGUAAGUUUAAAUUAUACAGACAGAAGUCAAACAUUUAAAGCAUGCGCUUUGUGCAAACAGUCUAGAAUGAAGGAAUAGUUUGUAACUUUUAAAGAAAUGUAAAAUAAACUCUAAACUUAAACAUCUAAUGAUUUAGUUGGGGAAUACAAAUUAAAAAUGACUCCAUUAUUUAAUGAGACCGAAUAAUUGAGAAUCAAAUUAGUGCAAACAGCUGAUUCUAUUCAUGAAAUCUUAUUAAAUGGCAUCCAUUAGUUAUUUGUAAAUUGCAUAUUUAAGAAAUUACCCAAUAAUCUUUUCACCGUUGACGACAUAUUCGAUUUAGUCACUCCAAAUACUAUUGAUCAAUUUAGUUCUAUCAUUGAUUAGCAGAUUCCUUUUUAAAAAGGAGAUGAUUUAAGCGCAAGUCUAUUGACUAAAGUACUAUUUCAUGAGCAGGAAGCAAGAAAAUUUAUAGAUGCUUUAAAAGAUGCUCAGGGAGUCAAAAAAAAAUUGGAAAUGAUUCUAAAUGAGUUUACUCAAUACAAAAACGAAAUUUCUAAGAAGAUUGAAUAGAUAAGUAAAUAGAGUGUAGCUGAGGCUCCAAAGGUAGAUUUGUAGGAGCCUACAUUUUAGUUUUUAAUUGAGAAGAAUAAACAAGAACAAGAGUAUUUGGUUGAAUAAAUUAAAUCUAUUUAAGGAGUGAAAGACCUGGUAAUUGAGCCAAACCAAAUGGAGAGGUAAGAGAAUCCUUAAGUGAAAUCGAUCAUUUCGAUUGAUUAAAAAUUACUUGCCUAUAGUUCUGGGACUAGAAUUAUGAUAUUUGACAAAACCAAAAACUUUUCAUUUAUAUCAUAAGUAGAUUGUGAAAAUGAUAUCUCGGCUUUGUGUUCAGUGACAUUAGAUAAAAAAACAUACAUAAUUGCAAGUGUUGAAGAGAAUGAGGAAUCUUUUUAGUUGUAAUUUUGGGAUUGGGAAACCUUUGACAAAUGGAAAGUCAUCAAUGCUCAUGACAAAUACAUUUGGUAGGUCAUCAAUUUACCUAAAAAUCUAAUAGCAUCAUGUUCAGAAGAUGGAACUAUUAAAAUCUUUAAUACUUAAAACUAAUAGUAAGUGUAGAAGAUAGCUGUCCAUUAAGCAAGUGUUAAUGAUAUAGCUUUGAUAACUCCAGAAAUUAUAGCCUCAGUUUCUGAUGAUGGUAUGCUUGCGGCUUACAAAUUUUUAACUGGAGAUCUGGUUGGAAUUGUUUCUUAGGAAAGUGAAAUUAAGUCAGUGAUUGCUUUGGAUGGAGUUAGAUUUGUUACUGGAAAUAGUUCUGGAGAAGUAAGAAUUUACACCUUUGUUUAAUCAAUCGAAAUAUAGUAAGUUAUCAAGGCUCAUGAAUCUAUAGUUAGAUUUCUUAUUAGAAUAGACUAAAAAUUAUUUGUUACAUCUUCUUGGGAUGGUACUCACAAAUUUAUUUCUGUUAUUGAUGGGGAAAUCAAAGUGAUCAAUGGACCUAAGAAGAAUUUCCCUGAACCACUACUUUGGAUUCACGAAGCAGGUUGUUUGGUUGCUUCAUCUGGUGGAAUUCUUCAAAAAUAUAAAUGAUAAAUAAACAA